CUGAGCACACAGUUUAACCAAGGGCAGGAGCCCGUUCCCAGCCCCACCACACACCCCGAUGCACACGGCUGUGAUCUUUGCUCCUUUGCCAAGUCCUGGGAGAGUCAGCGUUCAUCCCGUUCCCGCCCCGGGCUCACCUCUCUGUGCCUUCACGCCGACUCCCGGCAUUCCCCACUCCCGUCCCUCUUUGUUUAAAUACCAGCCUGGGAAGAAUGGGCCCCGGUCGGGAUCGGCCUCACCACCAUGUUUCUUCUGACUCCAGUCUUGGUAGCCGUUGUCUGCAUUUUGACGGUGUGGAUCUUUAAAAAUGCUGAUGGAGCCACCAAGAGAAGGGAAGAGGAGCCUCGAGCCAGGGCUGAGGCUCGACCCUGGGUGGAUGAAGACUUGAAAGACAGCACUGAUGCCCCCCAGGUGGAAGAAGAUGCUGAUGAAUGGCAAGAGUCAGAGGAAGAGGUGGAACACGUCCCGUUCUCUCAUACCCGCUAUCCUGAGAAGGAAAUGGUUAGGCGAUCCCAGGAGUUUUAUGAGCUUCUCAAUAAGAGACGGUCGGUUAGAUUCAUAAGUAAUGAGCGAAUCCCAAUGGAAGUCAUCGAUAACGUCAUCAAGGCAGCAGGAACAGCCCCAAGUGGGGCCCACACGGAGCCCUGGACUUUUGUGGUUGUGAAAGACCCGGAGGUGAAGCAUAGGAUUCGGGAAAUCAUUGAGGAGGAAGAGGAAAUAAACUACCUGAAGAGGAUGGGACCUCGAUGGGUCACAGACCUGAAGAAACUCAGGACCAACUGGAUUAAAGAGUACUUGGACACGGCCCCUGUUUUGAUUCUCAUCUUCAAACAAGUACAUGGUUUUGCUGCAAAUGGCAAGAAGAAGAUCCACUACUACAAUGAGAUCAGCGUUUCCAUCGCUUGCGGCAUCCUCUUAGCUGCCCUGCAGAACGCAGGGCUGGUGACUGUUACCACCACUCCCCUCAACUGUGGCCCCCGACUGAGGGUGCUUCUGGACCGCCCUGCCAAUGAAAAGCUGCUGAUGCUUCUCCCGGUGGGGUACCCCAGCAAAGAGGCCACGGUCCCCGACCUCCCCCGGAAACCCCUGGACCAGAUCAUGGUGACCGUGUAGGCAGGAUGUGGGCAGGGAGAUGCUGGAAGGAGGUGCCCCCUCCCCCGGAUCUGCUCCCCCGGGUAUACAGGCUGCUCUUUCCCUGGGUGUUUGGUCUCCCCAGUGCUCCACUGGGCGGGGGGUGGGGGGAGAACUCAAGCACUUUGUGUCUGAGAAGCCCUGAUUCCCACAGUGGGAGUAGCUGGACGCACAGGAGAGGUGAACCAGCAGGUUCUUUUCCAUUUCUUAUCCACUUUGGAAAUGCAUUAAAAUGUUGCUAAGCACA